AGGCUCUUUCUUCUGGGCUGACUUCGCCACAUUUACCAACAUUACUCUUAGCUCGCGGCGGCGAUGGAGGAAUGAACAUCCUGAUCGAUCUUCAGUCCCAAAUUCGACGUCCGGCAGCCAAUCUCCUUCGUUUUUGUCUGACUGCUUUCCGCUUCCGCCGAUUCAAUGCUUGGGGUUGGGAGAUCGCUUGCCGAUGUCAGCCAACGCCUCCUUCGUAACGUAGCGUUACGAUGUCAGCAAGUCCAAUGCCUUCGUGUUGGCAAUUCUGAGAUUCCGAAUCACAAGAGGCUGCAAAUCUCUCUUCAGUACAUCCAUGGAAUUGGCCGCAGUAGGGCUCAUCAGAUUCUGGUGGACUUGAGUAUUCAGAACAAGCUUACCAAGGACUUGACCGGUGUCGAACUUAAUGCACUCAAGGAGGAAGUCUCUAAGUACUUGACUGGAGGAGAUCUAAAACGAUGUGUUAGUGGUGAUGUGCAAAAGUUGAUAGACAGUCAAUGCUACAGAGGGAUCAGACACGUCGAUAUGUUGCCUUGCAGGGGACAACGCACCAAGACCAAUGCACGGACUAGGAAAGAACACACCAAGCAAUUGGGAAAAGUACCAACCUCCCGCUGAAGUUUGUUUUGGAGCACCCAGAAAGUAUUCUGGCAUCACUAGGUCUCAGGGGUAGAACAUCAUUCAGAAUGAGUUCCACUGAAUACCUUUUACCCUUUGACAUUGUGGCUUUGAUUUCCUAUCUUGUGCAAUAAGCAUUAUCGGAGCUGAAAUGAUCAAUGUCCUGCCAAUAUCGUUUUCAGUAGUGACUCUCGAAAUAUAAAUUCAUAGAACGAGUGACGAGCCUGUUCUGUUAGAUUGCAGUGUUUUGGUUCAUUCUCUUGCUAAUAUAGCGUCUGAGUUUAGAGAAGAAACCAUCCUCUGACUAGUGCAGCACUUUGCAUCAUUGAACAAGCUACUCUGAAUGGCGAUUAUUCUUCAGUAUUCUAGCACAUCAUCUGCAUUAUUGAACAGGUUACUCAGGAUGACCAUGAUGAUGCUUUAAUAUGCUAGGAACUGUUUGAGAAAUUGAUGAAACUGCUGCGUUCUUCUGCAAUUCAAUUUUCCCACAUUGAAUUGCUCCUGUUUAACACUGCAUCCGGACCUAUUGGAAAAGGGGGAGUUGUUGAUCCCUUAAAUCGAAGAAGAACAUAAAACUGAAACUUUGUCAGCUUGGCAGAGACUUAGAGAUUUGUUUUGCAGGGAUGGUUUGCCCAUCUGCUGCAUUUGUCUGCCUUGGAUGAUGUGUUUCACUAUUGAAAAUUGGAUUCGGUCAGUAUCUUGGUCAUACGAAUUCUUGUUUGGAUCUUGCAAUUGGCAGGCACUGCACAUUGAUGUCAUUGAAAGUUUUGUUGCUGGAGGGAGGGUUGCUUCUCCACAUACACGUUUCAUGUUUGUGCUCAUUGCGGCAUAUUCAUAGCAAUGAUUGUAAAAUCGUACUAAAAAGGACACACGAUCAUCAAAAUGUAGAUAAAUUUCUUAAAGACUUAAAAUAGACAAGUUUGUGUUUUGGGAUUUUAUUUAAGCAGCACCAUGAUUCCAAAGUCGGAGCUGAUUUGACAAUUCAAGCAAACAACGGUACAAACAAACGAAGUAGUUUCACAUUCCAUCAAAGCCAAUUGGAUGGAUCAGUGACUUGGCUUCCACCGAUCCUACUGCUCAAGUUAUGGAAAACCCACAUGCAUGGCAUAAGGUCAAUUUCCCAUCUGUAUUGUUGCCAAACAGUACCUAUGAAGUUCCAAUUGCUAAUUUGUUAUGAGACACCACCAAUUGUUUUAGGGUUUAUUUUUGUGAGUGUGGUAGCUAGCUAGCUACCUAUUACUUCUUUGUGAUUGCUAUAUUAUUUCCAAACAUUAUUCUCUACAUGUAAUAAUGAGGGCAGAUAGAUUGAUUCCUUUCCUUUCAUCAUGGUUGGCCUUCGAAUUAUCGUUCAAUCGUCCCACCAAGCUAUUCUCCAAUGUCUCUAAAAGUAAUUUAUGCAUGUUUAGUUCGUGUACGAUAGUUCAUCAAUCAUUAAGACCUCAAGACUGAUCAUACAUAAACUUCUCUGUAAGAACAAAAGCUUCUCGCUUUUGACCCUUGCCACGUGCUGACACAUGAAUCGAUGUGAUUAUGUUCACAGGCUUCCAAUGAUCUUGGUGAUUCAUCAAUGGCCAUGGUAGAGAUCGAUGCAUGUCUGUCGACUCUGCUACUGCAAUGGCUUUGGGAUCAAACCUAUGGACGUCGGUUCGGUUUAGUUCGAUUAACCCAACCGAAACCAUUAAAAACUAGAAAUCGAACUACUAUGUUUCCCCAAAACCAUAUUUGUUGAGUUCGUUUUCGAUUAGAACAAAUCGAAAAUGAAAACUCCUAUAUCCUGAUUAAAGCGAAACCCACUGCACCCCUCAACUACUGUCUUUUUUUAUUCCAAUCCUCAGAGUCAAGGUUCUGUGAGGAUUUUUGGGGUACUAGGCUGGAUCUCCAUGCUUUUAUGCAUUCGAACUUCACAAAGAAACAAAAUGGUCAAUUGAUCUGUCCCUUCACGUAUCGAUAUGAGUGAACACAUAGAUUAAUCAAUGAUUAACAUUAAUCAACCAAUGAAGACAAAAUCUAGGGACUAAUAAGGUUGUGAUUAGAAGUUAAAGGGCCUCAAGAAUGGUAUCUUUCCUUUCAUAAAGUGGAUUUGGGUGAUGGGCAAAGUAAUUGAGAUUGCAAACAAAAUCCCAAAGGGGGUCAUGUAAAUAUAUGGUCAUCAAAAGCAUAAAAAAGAGACACCCAACAACAGUCAAGUAAAAUGACAAAGAUGGUGCAAAUUAUGAGGUGGGUGGGUGUUGCUUUUGUUAGCCAACAACAAGUUUACUUUAAUUUGACAAAUGCUAAUGACAACAAAACUAAAGAUUUCCCCUCACUUAAAUCUAGAAUCCAAAAACCAACCAUGGAUGGAGGAGAAGAAGAAGAAGAAAGGGAAAAACAAAACUAAGAGAUUUCCCCCACUUACAUGUGUCUGUUAGAUUUGCAGCAAUAGCUGCUGAUGUGGUCCAGCAACUAGCAUAUCAAUGGAGGAGCAUGUUCAUCAUCUGUUUUUGUGAUUUAAGGUUUCUAGAUAGGUUGGAGAGAGAAGGAAUGAUAGUUUAUAAAGUUAUGGGCUGGUAAAAUGGUUCGAUUAAUUGGACCACAGUUGAUUAUAAAAACUCAAAUCGGUUAGACGAUUUUCUUCUGAUAACCGGAACCAAAUCGAUGAGAACCCUUAACCUGUUGGUGGUGGCAAACGACAAUAUAGCCACAAAAUUUCAACUGAGUAGACCCAAUAUACUCCUACAUAUAGUACCAUGAUGAAACCGGGUCUUGAUAUAUGAUACGAAUAUUGGGAUAUGAUGUUAUUCAGAAAGAGUGUUUAAGAGAGUAACAAAAGAGAAUUGAGAAGAAUAGGAGGAUUAGAAUAAGAGUUGAGAUUGAGAAGAACAUAGAAGUGGAAUAAAGUGAGAUACUUUGAUUAUUUUUUGAUUGAUUGGUAAUCCUAAUGAAACAACUAACUUAUAUUAUAUAGGCUCUACCGCAAAAAAACUCUAGUCGGUUUAUAUAAUGAAAGACUAAUCUACCUUGAACACGAAUAUUAGGUAUGCAUCAAUAGAGGUGUGUUAGCCUUCUCUUUGCAACAAUCUCUCGAAGUACAAUCAGGUGUUGAAUAUUGUGAGGUUCUCUUGAUAUUGGAGUAGUCGUUAACGAAAUCAUACUUCACUCAUAAAAUUUGAUCAUCGUCUUUCAUGGGUUUCAAGUGUAUAUCAUGAGAAAGUGAACAUACAUAUAGAUGUUAAUCUUUUAUCUUAAUUUGAUGCAUUCAAAAGCGAUAGUUCCAUCGACCGGUCUACGAAUGUUACAGCAUAUAUACUCGUGAUAAAGGAACAACGUUGUUGUUAAUUUGAUACAUACAAAAAAAAAAAAGGAUACCCUAAUUUCUUUAUGGCCUCUUUUCUAUGAAAACCAAUCUAGCUAGGGUUUCUUUUUCCAUUUUCCAUUUCAUUGUUUCUCUCCUCUGGGAAAGGUUUGGGUUGGGAACUUAUAUGAGGACCAUAAUAUAACAAUAACAACCCUUUAAUUUGCCACCUUUGCUACUUUCUUUUUUCUUUUGAUAUGGCCUUUAAGUUGGUCCGUCAUCUUUUGAAAGGCUUUAGCUAGCUUUCUUUGCUCAAAGGCGUUCAAAGUCUGGGUUUUUUCUCUCUAUCUCUUCAACGAUUUAGCAAAAGCUCUGUAUUAUAUGCAUGUUGCCUUCUUCUUUCGUUAUUUGCAUGCAGAUCAUAUAAUUCGUUCUGAUUGUUGGGUAUUUUAUUCAACAGCACAGAUUGGCGUAUUUGUUCAAUGGGAAGAGAAGCGACACAAAGCGAGAGAGCUUAAGAAGGAAAGGAUUGGUGAUUGAGAAUAGUAAAAAGUGGGGAAUGAGAAUGAUGAUUUGGUGUGUACUUUAAUAUCCAGAAAACCAAACGAAGCACACACUUUAAUUACUUGGGAUCAUGAUUCAUCAUUGCAUGCAUCUAUUUAAUCAUGAAAGCCAUUGCUUUUGACAUUUGAGGGGGUUUUCGAUCUACUUGAUGGCCGGUUUGAUAAAUUUUCAGUAUUCAAACAAGUAACAAUUCACAAGACAAAACGACUAACGUUAUUUUUGCGAUUCAGAAUGAACCGUCGACUUACAAUGUCGCAACAGAGAAAUAAAAUAAUUAAGAUCAAAUUUGAGGACAGGAAAGAGGUCACCCAAACACCCAGUAGUCCUUUUUUUGCCACCAUCUAAAGCUGCUUUGGGUUUUUUUUGAAACGACCAGUUUUGUACAAAGGAAAAGAUAAAAGAGAGGAACCUGGUUCUCUCCUUGGCUUCUUCAUAUCCUUCUUUCUGCAUUUGCUUUGGUUCCAUUAUCAUUUUAGGAUAGCAGCAAAGUCAAUUAUUGUUCCUCAUUUUGCAGAUUCCCCCUCCUUGUCAUUGCUACCUCUCUCUCUCUGUGUAUGUUCCCAUCACAUUGUGCAAAUUUAUCAAUACUUUGCACCACCCUUUGUUUCAUUGAUGUGUUUCCUUUUUCAUGAAUGAAAAGAAUCUAUAAAAUGGGCGCAAACUACAAACCGAGUUCGCCAAAAGCGACCAACUGUUAAGAGAUCACAAAAGAAAUUACGAACGAUGAAUAGAAGUGUAGCAAUGCCAAAAAAUCCACCACCGAUGACCGAUGUAACCCAAUCUGCCACUUACCACGAUUCGUGGUUGCACAUAAUUCCUAGGAAAGAUGUUUUAUUUGUCCAUUUCCUGAUUCAAUAAGAAUGUAAAUAUGACAUGCGAUCGAAAGAUGACCUACAGAUCAAAAACGAAUUAUAGAAGAAGUGUAGCAACGCAAAACCCACCCACGAUGUAACAGUAUAUAUACCGGUCACUGUGGAAAUUCAUGGUUGUACAAAACUGCCCCUCAGUUUCUUAUUGGGUAGUGAGGUCAAGAUGACAGUAAGAUUGGCCCAUAUUCUUGUCAUCAUCAACAGCUAAUGAAACUCCAUGAUGAUGGUGGAAAGAUGCCACUAAUAGUUCAAAUCAGUCAGCCAUGCAUUAGUUUGGUUGUUUUAACCUAAACUGUGGCAUUAUCUAUAGAUUUACACAUAUGGACCAGCAUGAAUGUGAAAGAAAAAGACCCUCACAAUGAAAGAUGAGCCAAUCAAAUCUUAGGAAUUGGAAGGUGUGAGAUGUGAGAUUUUUCCUUUGAGUAUUGAUUUUUGGGGAAACAUCAAAGAUUAUGGACAAAAGUAAGGUUGACAGAUCAUGCAUGUUCCCUAAAUCCCUCCUUGUACUUUAGCUAACGAUUUCAAGCACACAACAUAAAUCGAUUUGAGUUCGUAUUUACGAAUUUUCUUAAUGCGGAUAUAAGCAAUAGUAAACUAAACUUAAAACCGAUUCAAAUCGAAUAUACUCAUUUUGUUCUUAUGUUUCAUCCGAUUUUACCGCGAUUUUCGAAUUGGAACAGACCAUAUACCCACCCCAUAGUGCUAGCAGUAAUGCUCCCCACUUAUGCUUGGUUGUACAUAUGCAGUAACAUUUGCCAUUUAAGAUGCAUGGCAGAGGUAAGUGAGUUGUGCAUAUAUGAAAAGAGUGACCACCAAGAGUUUACUUUUGAAAUUUUAUGUUUGUCACAUAUAUGUAAAUACUGGUAUUCAUCAGCUGGUCACUCCAUAAGUCAUAAUAAGCUCAUCAAGAGAUGGCAGCAAGAAAGGAAAGUGACAGUUCAAAGCAAUGGCCUUUGCCCCCAUUGCCUUGAAUAUAUGACACCAGAUAGAGACACCUCAAAAGCCCUCCAUCUCCCCUCUCUCCCCUGCAACUUGCAUGCACUGGGCUUCAGUGCCAAAACCUUAUACAUCACUACCAAUUAGAAGAGCAGCUAGCCUUGGUAAAUUUUGAAUUCAACUUCUAGAUAAAUGAAUAGUCCGAACAACCGGUUCGAACAGCUCGAGGUGUUUAGAGAAAGGUUAAUCACGAAUCGUAUAUCGCUCUCUAACACGCCCACGGACUUGAAGUCUGCACUCGCUCGUGAUACCAUGUGUGCUCUAACAACUGUUAAUGCUAGGAGGUUGCAGAGAUUUGAACACGAGGUCACUUGGUCUAACCAGUUUUGAUACCAUGCGGCGAACGAAUUAGUCUCGAUAACCCGCGAAUCGUUGGGAGAUGGUUCAUUAUGAAUAUUAUGCCACUCUCUAACAUUAUCUAUAUUUGUUGAAAUGAAGCUUCUUUUUUUUUUUACUUUAACUCUAUGAUCAAUUGGUAUAUUGUAUGAUCAAAGAUGAAGGGUUAAUAAUAUAGCAAAAGGGAAGGGCAUGUUUUUGAUAGAGCACUCUUUUCCAUGUGAAGGAACAAAGCAAAGAGAUAUCUGCUGCAGGGACCGGAAUUCCUCCUCUGCUUUUGCUUUUCCCCUGUUUUUUUAAAAAAAAAAUUCAGGGUUUACACUCUGCUUUUACUUUUGGGAAGUGGAAGCUGAUGAACACGAUCUAGCUAUGUUUAUCAAAACUAGGGAGGGAGGGCGCUUUAGCUUCUUUUUUUUUCUGCCUGCUUUCAGCCCUCUCUUUAAGACUAUUCCAUCAUCUUCCUUCUCGUAAUAAACCCACAUUAUACAAAUCAAUCCAUCCAUGGUCCCAUGCAGAGCUGCUCUCUCUGCCUCUGCAAACUAAAGGAUCUGGGAAUAAAGCUUACGUUGAUUGAUCACAUGAGAGAUAUAACAUAAGAGAGAAGUAGCAAAAACCCUAGCUGGUUAGUCAGAGAUUGAUUGUAGGGAAAAGGGAAAGGGAAGCAGAUUGAUACAUGCAAGUAGAGAUCAAAAGCUUCCAUGAUAUACUGCAGCAGGAUUGCUGAGCCAGUUUGAUCAGCAGAGCUUGUUCUGUUUGGUUCCCUUUUCCCAUGCAAAGGAAAACCCUUUAGUAAUUAUUAGGUUUAUCAUUCAUUCAUUCAUUCUUCAACAAACAUCGUAAUGAUAUAUGAAUAAUCACGCCUUCCUCUUUUUCUUCUUUCACUGUUGCAGGUUGUUGCAGCCACAUGUUCCCCCCUCUCUACACAGUUUGAAGACAGUGGUGGUGUUGCUAUGACUUGAGAUUUGAUUAUCUCUCAUCGACCGAAGUCUCAUUUGAUUUUUUUUUUUGCUUUGUUUAUGGUCUUUAACCUUCUUUUUUUUUUCUAGAUUGGAUUAGGGUUUUUGGGCUAUCUGGAGAAGAUUCUGAUUUGUAUCUCGUAUGAAUCUGGUUUCUCGUGUCCAUUAAUAACUAACACGCAUCGUAGUAUUUACUUCAUGAUAAUGUCAGUUUCUUUGUUACCUUACAAUUUUUUUAUUUAUUAUGGUGUUAUUAUGUUUUGCAUCAAGCUUGAGUUUGAUUGCAACUAGCCCGCCUUCUCCCUCCCAUUUGUUCGUAAAGACAAAGUUUCUCGUUUUCGCGGUGUCCUUCUCGAUGAUUGUUGACUCAAUAUUGGACGUCAGACGAGGGAAACAAAAGUAUUUCAGUGAGAAAAGCCGACUGAUGAUAUUUUCCCCCACGAUAAGAUUACAUUUUUCCAAGAGGAACGGCAUAAAUUCGAUGCUAUCUUCCUAACCUAGCAAAGAGUGGUUCUAGAAUACGCUCUUUCGGACUAAGAGAAACAAGCUCAACUCGCUCCCGUUGUGAUAUGUAUUGAUCACUAUCAUUUUAAGAAAUACUUACCUAGUAUUAUUUCAUUUGGUAUUUUACACAUUGUCACUCCUACAAGGUGAUGGAAAAACAUUCUUUCUUUGUUUAAACAGUAAAUCCCUUUCAUCAUCAGUCUUCAUACAGUAGUUCAUGCUAGUUGUUUGCUUGCUUUUUGGUGCAUCAAAAUGCACAAAUUCUCUUGGGGGUUCAAAGUCCAACCCAUUUGAUGAAGAAAGCAUGACUGUUCAUGGAAGACCAUAUAUGAGAAGAAACUUUAACUCUUUUCUUUUCUCCCUUUAAUCAAUGGGUCCAAGAUGGCAACCUGGCAGGCACCAUCAAGGUGUCUAGCUAAUUAGUGUGCCCCUUCUUUAUUCAUUCCUGCAUUUUAAAAAAAAAACUCAAAAGAAAAAGCCCAAAAAAGACAAAGAUUGGUAACUAGGAAUUACAAUGAGUUGAGUUUUUCCGAGCUCAAACCCAAUUUUUGGACGAAAACCCCCACAAUCCAACGGGUUUUGACCGGUGCAUGAGUACCUAAGAAUUCACGAAUAUAACUGCAAAUAAUUCAUUCAACCACUCGCAUCUCUGUAUUAUCUAAAUUUUCCGAUAGUUAUAUUGUUAUAAAGACUAAUGUCAUUU